CAAACAAACAAACAAAAAAAAAGACUUCCUUUUGCCAGAAAACUAAGGCCCCCCGCAAAGCAAAAUUAUUUCCCUUUGGCUGUUCAGGAACAAUUGCUCAUCCCCUUUUGAUUUUUUGACUUUUAACUCCUCCUCAAGGAAGUUAAAGGAUGUUUUUUGUUAUUGGUAGGUUGCGCUUUUCUAGAGGGAAAUAGUUCUAAUAUUGAGAUCUAAACUGAGAAUUGCUGAUUAUCCAUGGAACAAGCAUUUUAUAAACAAGACCAGACCCUAGCUCCCACAGAGGACAUGGUUGAUAGCUUAGUACCAAAGCACAAGCAUUAUCUUCUGAGUGGGAAAGCAGAUAUGGAGCUUCCUUGCCCACCUGACACCUGAGCCAACAUGUGCAGAAUUGGAGCCUUCCAAAACUUGGGCCUUUUCCAAGGUUCUCCAAGUCAAGGAAGGGCAUCAUUGUGUCAGCUUGGGUCCUCCUAGAGCAGACACCAACGUGGAAUUAAACCUGGAAGAGUUUAUUGGGGAAAAUGCGUAUGAAGAAUAAAGAGGAGCAGAAGCAAGAGUAAACAGAAAGAGCCUUACACCGUAAUGCAGGUCUGACCCCUGUGAAAGAGGAGAGGGAAGGUGGGAGGAGUAGAUAGGAAGAGCCUCAGACUGCAGAGCCACUCUGAGAAAGUGCUGGCCAGGCUGACAGGAAGCCCCAGAGUACAGGUGGCCUAUUAGAGGAGUUUCGCCUCUGGCAUUCUCUCUUAUAGCGUCAAAUGCAUCCUGUAGCAUUUAGGAUGGCAUUCUAUAUUUGACCAAUUAUUUGAUUGUUUUAUUACCUCACUCAAGAGUGUUUCCCGAGGGCAGAGACCACAUUUAUUUUUGCUCGUCACUGAAUCCCCAGCAUUAGCAGGGUGGCUGCAUUUUGAGGUUGCCACAGAAUAUUUGUUGAAUGAAGUAUCUAAAAGGGUUAUUUUUUUCAUUUUUAUCUGAAUCACACAUCAGGUAUUUUUUUUCCUAACCAGUGACUCCUAAGUUAUAUGCUGCUUGCACCAUGCUUUCAUUCCAUUUAUAUCAUUCUUCAGCUGUGUUGUGUGAUCGUCAGCUGUGCCCCGCCCCCCAACCCUCCAUUGCCCGCUUCUGUAGUAAAGUCUUUUGGGACUGGCCUUGGACUUGCACUUUUGCUUCUUUUGUGUCUUCAUUGACUAUCAGUGCAGGCCUGGAUAAAGUGCUUGUUGCAGAACUUGCUACUGCACAAACUUUUGUUCCAGGGUUAGAUCAGGAAGGGUAGUAACGAAAACAGAGCUGUCUCCAAAAGGUGGGAUAGAACGCUGUCCUUUAGAAGUUAAAUUAUAAAUCAAGCCAAUCAGAGCAAAGACACAAAAUGUCUCCAUAAAGAAAAAUAAGGGCUGCAAGACCUUACUGGGUAACAUUACUCAGUAAUGCCUUGCUCUAUCUAAAAAUGUAUCCAUCUGAGGAGGGGCGGCCUGGGUACCCUGAUAAAGAGAGCCUCAUCCAAACAAACAGAUGGUGUCCACCAGGCCCCAUCUAGGGAGAACAGCAGGCCAGGCCAGCAGGGAUGAGUGAACAGUCCUCCCUACAGGUUUUGACCUGUGUUGUGGAAAACGACAUCCCACAUUGCCCAAGCCUGAUAUCAUUAACCAUUUAAGUCAGACAAUUCACUCUUCUGAUUCUGAUUUUAGGCUCACUAAGCCACCUACUGACUACUGGGCUCCAAACUGCAUGGCUACAAGAAGAGAAUAUACUCUUCAGGUGGCCUCAAGUCCUGUGUUCCUGACAGUCUUGCUUCUAACAGGAAUGGCUAAGCUGCAGAUUUUGGGGUCAGAUGGCCUUGAUUCAAACCCUGCCACUAACAUACAUAGUAACUAUGUGACCUUGGGAUUUCCUUCAUCUUUUGUUCUCCCAAGUGAAAAAUAAAUAGGUUAUAAUAUACCACAUGAUAGUAGGGAGAAUUAAAUGAGGUAAUGCAUGUAAUGCAUUUAGCAUAGCACUUCUCUAGCAAAUAGUGAAUGAAAUCAGUAAAUUGGUAUUCUGACUUCAUGCAACAGUGCUAAUCAACUAUGGAACACUGGAAGUCAGAUGAGAUUUUUGGUCCCACAAAGUCAAGGACAAAACCUUGGGAAGUCGCCAAGAUGAAAGACUUCAGGCCGGCCUUCACCUCCUGAUGCUCUCUGUUCACAUGUGUGAUGUCUAUAAAAGGUAACCAGGAUUUGGCUUAUCUUCUUAUAUCUCUUCCAUCUUUUCCUGAUUUUCAUCUUCCCAAACAUAGUUUUUAUGCAGAAGCAGAUUUAACUCUACUUUGCUAUCUUGGAGUCAAGAAUUGUCCUAUAAGGAGGAAGAGUCUCCAAGAUUUGCAUUUUUUGUUUCGUUUUUUUUUUUUCCUUCAUACUACAGACUAAAAGUAUCAUCUUCUGGACAGAGAAACAGGCUGUUGUUUUUCUAAGGUCAUCAUUUGGCCUGCCCCACUUUCCCACCUGCUCUGGAGGGAACUAUUGCAAGGACACAUACAAGCCCCUACAUCAGUCACACACCAGGGCCUCCAUCUUGCAGGGAAUGUGCCCAAAUUACAAACAGGUAAACCAAAGUGACUCUAGGCAGAUUUAAUAGUUUAUUUUGGUUUCUUGUUCCAGUUAUAACAGACUGCUCUAUGUUUGCUCUAUGGCAAAAACUUUUAUGUUUGCUCUGCAACAAACGUACACACAGGGCAAAUUGUGUUUGGAGUAUGGUGUCUUGCCAAUGUUUUCUAAAAGCAAGUGAAUAGAAAUGCUUGCAAAAGUAUUUUCAGACCUCAGUGGCCAGCGCUGAACACUGCUGUAGGAAUGUCCAUCAAAUGUUGUGGCCGUGCUCUGCUCUAACAAAAACCUGGUUCCGUGGCAUAAUUGUAGGGGCUGUCAGGCUAAGUUUGAGACACCUUCCAAAAAAAAAUUUCAGGGCUUCCUCAGUCUUUAAACUCCAGAAAAUAUUGUCCAAACUUUGACAACUAACCUGUUAUCAUGGAGAUAGCUCCAAGUUGACGCACUGGCCACUGGAGAAUGUCUAUCAAGCAUCCAGGUAAAUAAUGACUUGGUUGCUGCCCUCAAGGAACCUACCUAGAGGCUGACAGAAAAUUUUAAGUAUUUUUUCCUUCUAUUGUUCAUUCCUAAAAUUCUGGCGGUAGGUAUGAUUAUUAUUCCCAUCCCACAGGGGAAGUAACUAAGUCUAACUACUUGAAUAUUUUGUCCCAAAUCACUAACAAUAAGAGAUGGCCAGACACUGAACCCUGGAAUCUCUAAAUGUUUAGAUAUUGAUGGGCACUGCUUAGACAAACCAUAGGCUUGCUGUUCCAGUUUCUCUUAUCGGAUGGAGGGACCCCCAUUUCACCGAGAUCAUUGACUUUUGGGUUCUCCGCUGACCCCAGAUAAGAUGCCUGGUACCUCGUGGUCAAGUCCCCUCCAACGGGGACUCCUCUGAGGCUUGGUCCCAGCUGCUCAGGCUGGCACCCGCCUCCUCAGGCCAGAGCCCAAAGCGCCGCCAGCGGUCAGUUCCCGGGCCGGCUGCCAGCCACAGGCCCAAGUAAACGCUGAAUGAAGGGCAGAUGGAGGAACCUGUCCCGGUCCGGCGAGAGCGCCGCGGGCGCCUUUCCGCUUACCGCGGGCCUGCCCAGCCUCCCGUCUAGCCCGGGCCCGGGUCCCGCCGAGGCAGGUGUGCGCGGCGGACUCGCUCUCGGGCACUCGGCGGGACCGAGCUCCACCCCGAACGCCACCGGGCAGGCCACGCGCAGACCCGAGCCCGGGGCCCCCGCCUCUGGCUGCCGGCCCGCGCUCGGCCCCGGUCCCGCCUCCCGGAGGUUUUCGCUUUCGCUUUCCUGCCGAUGUCGUUGAGGAAAAUGAAAGUGGUUGUGUCCAGGACUGGCGCAGCUGCCGUUCCGGGCGAGGGGCGCAGAAUGCGGCGGCGGCCAGCCUGGAGCGCGGGCCCUGGGACGCCCGCGCAGGGCGAGGUGGCAGCACACCCUGGCCCCCCAGGCAGUCCUGAGGAUGGCCAGCAGAGAAACAAGAAAAUGGACUCCCUGGCUGCUGGAGAGUUGAAUGCCAGCCACCAGCCAUGGGUACCAGAGUUUGUAGCCCACUGGAGGAAAACACAUCAAGCCCUGAACAGCACAGUGAACGGACAGGGCAGCAGAUGAGCUCUGCCCCACGCCGGCCCUGUUUCAGAACAGCACUCCAGAGUGCCACACUGCUUGCUGAACCACAGCUGUUACUGCAGAUUGAGGAGCCUCAGAGGGAACAGAAGAUAAAGAUCAUUAUGGAAUUUAGGAUUGCAGGACAUUCUUUGACAUUUCAUAACAACCAGGGAAGAUCAACUGUGGUUAGGGGAACAGGACAGGAAGAAACCAUGGCCAAGGCCUGUCUGGCAGGACUUGAAGGGGCAGAGGGACCCCUGCAAAUGACCCUGCCUGGGACCCAGCCCCACUUGGCCCCUGUAUAGCACUGAUUCAGCUGGGGCUUUUAUCCCAGGAUCCCCUCUUCAGGGACGCCUGCAUUUGUUGAUUAUCUGCCAUAUGCUUUGUCCCUGCAGAAUACAAGGAAAAAAAUAGCCUUCAGCAGAGGCUGAGACAGGAGCCUACAGGAUGCACAGUAAAGGGUCCAAGGCUCAGGAUGAGGCUUUCCUGACUUUCUUCCCUAUGGGACUGACGUUCUCUACUGGUACAGGCCUUGUUUUAUUCAUCCUUAUGUCGUUCACCUGGAAUGGGCCCAGGGUGACAGUUGUUAUAAUAAGUGUUUGUCAAGUGAGCAAGUGUGUGGAGCGUGCACUGUAGAGAGUCAGGUCUCUAUAGGAUCCUGCUGGAGAGGCAGCCCACUGGGCUCGCCACUUCUCCAGAGGAGGGACUGGUCCCUUGCCAGACAGCCCUGACAGCUGGAGCAGGCUUCCUCAGGGGUGCCUGGAACUGCUGACCACGGCUGUUGCCCACUGACCCCUCUUGGGAAGAGCAACCUGUCAGGUGUUAAAGAUGGCCUUCCUUUCUCUUCUCCAAGCUAAACAUGACUAGUUUCCAUCUCACCAUCUUCUGGCCCUCAGCAGACUGGUUAUCCAGUCUGGAGAGGCAACAGUAGUAUCCAGAUGUGAUCUGAACAGACAGAACCAUGGAUGCAGACACAAAAUUCAGGUUUGUGUGCUUCGGCAGUCACUAUAUGCAAAUUGUAAUGGGGACAGUGGCUGGCAUGGCCUCCAGCACUGUGGGGAGGAUCAGGGUGUCUGCCCAUCAUUUUUCUCUCUUUGAUAGACACUAUUUACAUAGACACUGUUUUGGUGUAAAACCCUACGUUGUAGCCCUUGUCAACAGUGUUAUGUUUCUCCUCAACUGUCCCGGAAACUCCCUGAGUAGGCAGGAGGUUUCCUGGCUGGCUUGUAGGCACUCCAUACCUGUUAGCUAGUAUUAUUUAUUUGUUGUUUUAUUAUUUGAAUGGACAAUCAUUCAUGUCAUUUAAUGAGCAUGGGCUAUGUGCCAGAAACCACCAGGUGCCAGAAUGCAACGCUGAACUACAAUAGACCUGUCCUUGGCCCCCAGAGCUCCCAGACACGCUAGGAAGACUUGUUGAUUGAAUGAUAAACCUUGAUGGAACUCAUGAUUAACAUCUUCACCACCAGACAUCAUUGAGUGCUCUCUGUGUGUUCAACUCAGAACAUACCCUUCCUGUACUCAGAGACUAGAAUGUGAGAGUCAUUAAGGGAGACACCAUUGUGGGAGUGAGAAAAUCCUGGACUUGGAACUGACUAGGGAUCACCUCCCAACUCUACCAUGAACCCACUGUGUGACCACGGGCAAGUUUACUUGUCCUCUCUGAGCCUCAGUUAUCUUAUCAGUGAAAUUGGGUUAAUAAUAUAUCUCUCAGUGGCACAAGAGGAUCAAAUAGGGUCACCACACUCCACAACUCCAGGAGAUGCUGUUAACAUUUUAGUCUAUGGAUCCUCUGGUGGCCUCAGAUUUAAAUGAGAGCACUUUUGCUAUGUGACCUGAAGUUAAUGUCAAUAAGUUAUAGCUAUUGUUAUGUAUGAUGUAAGCAGGGGUCACUGCAGGCCAGCAGGCUGACACAAUUUGGCCAGGCUUUGUUCUUCAAGGAAGGGCAGGGCUCUGAGAAGUACAGACUAUGAUGCAGGUGAAGGCCAGGAGGCAGGGACUCCCAGGGCAGGUCUGGAAGGAGUGAGGCUGGUGAGGGAAGUGGUCAGCAACCUCAAGGCAUGAGUAAGGCGCUUGCCCUUCUCUCCAGGCACAGAGGAGCCGCUCGAAGCUGGGCACAGAGCUGGGAUGGAUGAGACCAUGGCGAAUACUUUACUUAUUAAGCUGCAAAGGACCCUAGGGAGCAUCUUAUGCAGCAUCUUGUCUUACCAGGUAAACAAAGGCCAGGGAGGGAAAGUAGUGAGUCUCCAGAGUCACACAGCAAGGACCAGGGCCCAGACCAAGACUCCCACCCCUGCAGAGCCCAGCUCAAAUUAUUCCUUGAGCCCAGUUUGUGGCUCCACAAAAGAAAGUUCCUGGCACUUUUUAUAUUUAUUUAUAAUUUUUUUCUGAUUAUAAAAUUAUUUUAUAAUUAUAUGCCAGUCAAG